CUCAUAAGCUAAACCCAGGAGAAAGAGAGAGCCGCUGCAGAAGAUUUUUGAAUACGAAAAAUUUUCUGCAGCAUUUAUACCACAUUAAUUUCCCCCCAACAAAAAUGGCUCGCUCUUUCUCCAACGCUAAGACUGUUUCUGCUCUACUCUCAAAUAUCAUCUCCAGAAGGGGAUUCGCACAAGCAGCUGCAUCGCAGGGCGGAGUAUCCGGCAGCUUGCGGGGCGGGGCUCCGAGCGUCAUGCUGAAGAAAGGAUCCGAAGAGUCCGGUAAAAUCUCGUGGGUGCCCGACCCGAAAACCGGAUACUACCGACCCGAAAACCACGCCAAGGAGAUGGACGCAGCCGAGCUUCGGGAGAUGCUCGUUAAGAACAAGACCCGUCGGAGCUAGAUCCGAUCCGAUUGGAUGAUGCGGGUUCUUUCACAGAACCUCGGAGGAAAUCGGAAAGCAGAGCUCAAUCAAUCCACUGCUGCUGAUGAUCUUCUCUGCUCUGUUUUCCUGAGAGACUGAAACGAGUAUGUAUUGAAUUUUCCAAAACUGUGGACCUUAUGUGUUUAUGUUGAAAUGAAAUAAACGAAAUAGUAGCUAGUGUUUCGUAGUUGUCGAUUUUUUCUUGUGAUUGGCUUCUUGUUCUAUACGAAAAGGGAUUUUAGAUCCAUGUGAUUUCCUUACCUAAAA